GGAACUGACAGUAAUGUUGCCGCAUUCAAUGGCCGGCUGAAGAUGCCCAGUAGUGCCCAGCACCCUUGAGGAUGCGCUCUGACUGUGAUGCAGGCUCCUCAAUUGGAGGCACCGCGGAUUUUGCCACGCGACAUUCCAGCAAACGACCUGGAGGCCGGGAGCAAUUCGUGGCCAGAGCGGUUGGCUCUUCCAGAACAGGCGAGAGGUUCUGCCUUCUACGACGUCAGGGAGGCGCCGCGCCAGGCCAUUGCCCCGCUGGAUCUGCACAGCGCGGACGCGUGCACCGCCAAGCUGCAGGAGCUGCAGCGCCAGGCGCAGCAAGAGCAGCAGCAGCUUCACUUGCGGCUGCAGCAAAUGCGAGGGCAAGAGCUCUAUCAGCAGCUGCAGCAAGAGCAACAUGCGAACACGCUCGACAUCUCCGACAGCCAGUCCUUUUAUCCGAUGCCGAACCACUUCGAUGGUUCCUUCAUGUCUUUGGGGCUUCCGCCAGCUGACAUGAGCGGCUAUCCACGUCCCGAGCUGGGUGCCUAUCCUCCGCCAGAGCUGGGCAUGUAUCCGCAGCACCACCAGCACCCGAUGCAGCCGCCGCAGCAGCCAUCCUACUUCGGCUUGCAGCCUGUGCAGUUGCCGCAGAUGCACCUGAGCAUGCCUAAUCUACAGCCUGUGCAGAUGCCACAGCUGCCAGCGAUGAGCUCUUCUCAUCCAUCAAUCCCGCCUAGCCUGGCACCCAAAGCUUUGGCGCCGCCGCUGGGUAUCGCUCGACCACACCUCGAGGUGGCGCCUAUUUGGAUGCCAGGCUCUCAAAGCCUGGCAUCGGGGGACAAGGAGGCCUGGGCAGGCGAGCCGAGAUAUCCGGUGACGAGCAGCGCUUCCUCCAGCACGACUGGAAUGCCAUUGGAGCCUGUAGCAGGCAAGCCGAUUGAGCCGGUUACCAAUGUGCCAGUGGAGCCCGUCAGCAGUCUGACUCAUUUGGCAGGUGUAAGCGCCAAGCAGGACAAAGACAUUUUGGACACACUGCAAUCCAGCGGCUUAGCGCUCAAUCUCAAAAGGCUGGACGAGCCAGAAGUGGACAUUAGCCAAAUGCUGAACAUGUCCAUGUCGGCCAGUCAGGGAAGUGCGAGCAUUCCAUCCCAAGACAGGAUGGGGACACCGAGCACGGCAAGGCCGGAAGCUAGCCAGGUGCCAAGCUUCAGACCCCAGCGCGAGCUUGAGCGGCGUCUUCCAGAAGUGCUGAAAAGUGGCCCAAUCAUGGCUGCCGAGGAUUACUUGCGAAGCUAUAGGCCACAAAAACAUGUGCGCAGUUUGGUGUACCCCGGUGGCGCCAAUGUUGACUUCACAGAGUUGGCUCCUGUCAUGAAAGUGGUUGCGAUUGCCAACUCCCAGUCACGGCCAAGGAUGCUGCAGGCCCUCGAGUCAGGCUCUCACGUUCGGACAGCGCUUCAAGUCUUUCGCGAGAGUGAUCGCGACGGUUGUGGCUUUCUGACAUGGAGCAACGGGGGAAUUCGGGAUUUCGUGAUGAAUGUAUUUAUCCAGCUUGGUUUGGUACCACCUGCGGAGAUGCAGACUUACGCCGCGCACACCUUGUUCGACGUGAACAGGAGCAUGUGCCUCUCGGCGUGCGAUUGCCUUUGCCUGGUGGAUACCCUUCUGCGCGCAGUGCUUCUAGAUGACAGCGAGAUUCCCCAGACCGAGGUGAUGGAACCUCGCGCCGUGGAGCCUCGCGCAGUGCGUGGCAAGACAUCUCCUUCCCGGACAUCCCAUGCUCCCGGCUCUGUGGCAGAGGAGCUCAAAGAAGCCCAGGCAGAGACGGAGCGACUUCGGCAAGAGCUUGAAGAGUUGAAGGCAGCAGAGGCCGAAGCAGGGCAGGAAGCGCCGGAAGACUCGCAGGAAGUCUUGCCGGAAGUGCCGCAAGGCGCAGCUCAGGGCCCGAGCGACACUGCCGCCUUGGUCUGGACAGCCAAGGCACACGCGGAGAAUCGCCGCCUGGAGCGAGAGCUGCAAAGCCUCAGGGCUUUGGCCAACAGGCAGCGCGGAGAGGUGCAGUGGCUUCACGAGCUUAAGAAGCAGCUCAACACCAACUGCCGUCAAGAGGAGCUGGAGCGUGAGCACCAAAAACUGAUGGAGAUGCAGCAGAAGGAGGAUCAUUGGCGCGAGGAGGCGGCUGUGGAGGAGGAGGCAGCGCUCCAGCGAGAGCGGGCGCUGGAACAGCGCAGGGAGAGGCGGCUGGAGGCCUUGGUGCAGGAGAGGCAGGAGCGUCGGAAGCGCAUCGAGGAGCGGGAGCGCCAGCUGCGCGAGCAGGAGCUCGCUCAGGACCUUGAGCAAGAACGGCUUGUCCGCAAGGAGCAGGACUUGCGGCAACGUGAAACACACCUCCAGCAGGAGCGGGAGACGAGGCUGCAGCAGGCGGAGGCAUUGCGCAGCCGUGAGCUGGACUUCUCCCGGGACAUGGGGCGACUGAGGAGCCGACAGGUGUUUUCCCCCAGUGCUGGCUCGGAGCACGUCGAGCCGGAGGAGGAGGCAGAUGCUGACUCCGCGGAGGUGGCGGCUUUGGCCGCAGCGCAGUCCCUGGAGAACCGCAAGCUGCGGCGGGAGUUGGAGAGUCUGCGAGCUCUGGCCCAGUGGCAGCAGAGCGAGGUUGGCGCUGCCAUUGCCUGCAAGAGUGCAGCAUCUGCCGAUUUGCCAAGGCCCUCGAAAGCGUCACCGCCACCCCCUCAUGGACAUGGUGCCUUGGCCAUGGCAGCCCUGGCUGCUGAGACACUGGCGGAGGGCGCUCCUCCGGAAGCAGAAGCCAGAGAAUGGGGCGCAUUCGCUGAAGCCAGAGAUCAAUGUGACGUUUGCAGGAGCUCCUUGGCCUUGGGGGCGACCUUUUGCCAUCGUUGUGGCCAUCGCCAAGGUCCAGGCAGUCGUGCAUCACCCGGUGAGAACAUCUCUCAGGACUCUGUGCAGAGCCGUCCAUCAGUGAUUCGGGGCGGCAUUGAGGAGUACGACCGCACCGUGCGCGAUCUGAUGUCACGUGUGCUGGGCCGCUCCGAUGGUCUUGAGACGCCAGGUGGCAGCCCGCAGAGAGUGAUUGAGCCAGUGACCAUGCAGUGAGUGUUUGUGCUACAACUGGGUACUACAGGCUGACAGUCAGAAAGACCGGGCUGCAAGUAACAGCCAAUCAGGCUUGGCCACUGCUUGAGUCUGUGAGGUGGCUGUUUCGCAUUCUUUAAAGGCUCAUGGCGCAGAAGCGCAGUCCAAAAGACUGCAUGAAUUUGCAAGCUGGUUGUAGCAAUGUGAGCCUGUCAACUCGACCAAGAUGGUCCACCCGUGGCCUUUUGAAUUAAGCCAAUGCCAGAACCGUGCGUCUAAAUUUGGGGCACGUAGGACAAAGGUUUCCGCUGUACACCAGCAUGUUAGCCGUGAAGGGCUUCUCGUGAAUUGC